AUGUCCGUUCCCCAUCCUCUCUGCCCCCUCUCGGGUGCGGAGAUUCAAGCCGCCGCCCAGUUGAUCCAGACUUCUUGGCCAACUUCUGUUUCUCUUCGGUUCAAGGUGGUGACACUCAGCGAACCGGCCAAGGCGGAACUGGCGCCUUACCUGGAUGCCAAAGACAAAGGCCUGUCUCCGACGCAACCCGAUCGCCGGGCUUUCUUGGCAUACUACGUUCGAGGAACAGACUUGUUCCACGAGGCAAUUGUUAAUCUGACCUCGGGGAAGGUGGAGAGCAACAUCAAGCUGGGGGCCAACGUCCACGGCAACGUAGACUACGAUGAGGCCCAGAUGGUGGAGAAGAUCGCUCUCGAGGACCCCAAGGUCUUGGCCGAGAUCAAGAAACUCGAGCUUCCGGAAGGCGCCGUUGUUUGCGCGGAUCCUUGGAUUUACGGAUCGGACGGCGUCAAUGACGACGAGCGUCUCUACCAGGUCUUCCUCUACAUGAGAGACCCGAACAACAGCGCCGAGCCUGACUCAAACCAUUAUGCGUUCCCCCUUCCUAUUCUGCCCGUGGUUGAAUGCAACGAGUACAAGAUCAUCCGCAUCGAUAUCCUGCCAACCGGUGCGGACAACACCAUCAAACCGCUGAGUCCUUAUAAGCCCAAGCCUGCGAACGAGUAUAUCCCCGAAAGCCAAAACUUGCGCCAAGACCUCAAGCCUCUACACGUCACGCAGCCACAGGGCCCCAGCUUCACAGUCACGCCUGUCGGGGAGACUGGUAAUGUUCUUGAAUGGCAGAAGUGGAGUUUCUUCGUCGGAUUCAACCAGCGCGAGGGCAUGGUCCUUUACAACGUCAAGUACGACGGCCGUCCGCUGUUCUACAGACUGUCCCUCUCGGAGAUGAGCGUGCCCUACGGCGACCCCCGCCACCCUUUCCACAAGAAGGCCGCCUUCGACCUCGGCGAUGCCGGUGCCGGCGCCACCGCCAACAACCUCCAGCUGGGCUGCGACUGCUUGGGGAGCAUCCAGUAUCUCAGCGGGGUCAUCGCCGAUGACCGCGGCCAGCCUGACCCCAGGGAGAACUGCAUCUGCAUUCACGAGCAGGACGCCGGCAUCUCAUGGAAGCACACAAACUACCGAACGGGCCGUGCUGCCGUCGUCCGGUCCCGCGAGCUGGUUCUCCAGAGCAUCAUUACUGUGUCCAACUACGAGUACAUCCUCAUGUUCAUCUUCAACCAAGCUGGCGAAGUGACGUACGAGGUCCGGGCUACCGGCAUCUUGUCCACACAGCCCAUCGACCACGAGCUGGACAAGGUGGGCACGCCUUUCGGCACCGUCGUCCAUCCCGGCGUCCUCGCCGGGCACCACCAGCACAUCUUCUCCCUCCGCGUCGACCCCAUGAUCGACGGCCACACAAACCAGCUGGUCUACUCGGAAGCCCACAAGAUGCCGCGAGACCCUGACUGGAACCCCCACGGCACCGGGUACGAGGUCGUCGACACGGUCGUCGACAAGACGUCGGGCCUGGACCUCGACUUCGACGUGAACAGGACGUUCAAGAUCACCAACCCCAACUCGCUGAACCCCGUCAACGGCAAGCCGGUGGCCUACAAGAUCGCGGCGCCGCCCUUCCAGAAGCUCAUGAGCGACCGCGACAGCUUCAACUACAAGCGCGCCGAGUUUGCGGAUCACAACAUCUACGUCACGACCCACCGCGACCGCGAGCUCUACGCCGGCGGCUGGUACACCAACCAGUCGCGCGGCGGCACCGGCGUCCGGGGCUGGUCGCAGCGCAACGAGGCGUUGACGCCCGAGUCCGACAUCGUGGUCUGGGUGCAGUUCGGCAUCAACCACGUGCCGAGGAUCGAGGACUUCCCGGUCAUGCCGGUCGAGAUCCUCAAAGUGCACCUGAAGCCGGUCAACUUUUUCGACAAGAACCCUGCCCUGGAUGUGCCCCCCAGCCAGCAGAGCUUUAACAAGAGCACCCUGGUGCAGUCGAGCAAGGCCGAGACCGACGGAUGUGGCUGCGAAGCACCGUCAUCCAAGCUGUGA